AUGACAGAACCAACCAGCCGUUCUGCACCUGCGGAUCAGACACAGAAAGAAGGGAGUGUUGUCAUGCAGUUGAUGAAGCAUGGAAAGGAAGUUGGUGUUCCUUCUAAUGAACUUAGUUCAGCAAAUGCAGCUGCUGACCAGAAGGGACAACCUACGCUGGAAAUAAGGAAAGACUAUAUGUACAGAAGUACUGGGAGACCUGAGAAGACAGAUAUGAUUAAAUCCCUUCUGACAGAUCAGGAUGCAUCUAGAAACUGUGAACUGUAUCUGUCGGCGUCUAGUAAUUGUUCAGCAGUGGAGUCAUCUGAGGACAGUGAGGAGGACAUGUAUCGUGACGCAGAGGAAAUAGAGAGAGAGAAAAUAUUACUGUGUGAGACAAGUUCUUCAGAACACAAAGUAAGCGUUGCGCCCGAAACGGACAUCAUGGAGUAUUGCCGAAAAGAAUGGAGAGGAAGCACGCCGGUAGCAAUAAGAAUGAGAAAGGGAUACGAAGCAGUUGCUCAGAAGUUUGCAUCUAUAAGAAGAGUACGAGGUGAUAACUAUUGUGCUCUCAGAGCAACACUGUUCCAGGCACUAAGCCAAACUACCCAGUUACCAAGCUGGCUGCGGAGUGAGGAUUUCACUAUGCUUCCCGAAAACUUGCUAAGCAAGUAUGACUGGAUCAAGCAGUGGCAGCUGAAACACAGACUGGGCAGGAAGAUGGGAGAAAUAAGUGAUGAAAUUAAAGAAUAUUUAAUGCUUCUAAGGAAAAAGUGGAAGAAUAUAAGUGAAAUCAAGGGUCCUGUUGAGAAGCAAGAAGCUUGUGAUAAAUUGUUUAAAAACGAAGAGGAGGAGUAUAGUCUCUAUGAAGCGCUGAAGUUUCUGAUGCUGAACACCGCCAUCGAAUUAUACAAUGACGAUAAAGAUGGAAGGAGAGUUCCUGUCUUCUCGUGGUUACUGUUUGCACGGGAUACAUCUAGCAACCCUUGUCAGUUAAUGCAUAAUCACCUGAAUCAUAUUGGUCACAGUGGAGGCCUUGAACAAGUGGAAAUGUUUCUCCUUGCUUAUGCUCUGCAGCAUACCAUCCAAGUGUAUCGACUGUAUAAGUAUAGCACUGAUGAAUUCAUCACGCUUUAUCCCAACGACCCGGAGGAGGACUGGCCCGUGGUGACUCUCAUAACGGAAGACGACAGGCACUAUAACAUCCCGGUCAGGAUGUGCCAAGAGACCGUGCUGUAA